GCUCUCAGAGGUCAAUGAAGAUCAUCACUUCUUUUUCAACUUGCUUCUCUACCUGGAACUGUGUUACCGAAUUUAUCUCAAGGCGACUUUGCAUCUCGUCCACGGCAGCGCCUAACUGCGUGCUCCAGCUCGAUUCCUUUAGUGCAAGCGCCCGCCCAGCCUGGCGACCAACAGAAGAAUGAUCCCAGCGCAUCGACAGAUAUCUUCUGGUUCUGAUGUCAAGCUUUUUGCGGCGAGAUGCAGUGGUGCGGCGAGGUCGACACGCGUUCGGGCGUUGCAACAUUGUCAGGCCGCCGCAUCGCACGCGCACAGGUCUCCGUUGGCGUCAUCUUCAACAUUGCAAGCUGUCAACUAUGCUUAGCGUGUCUAUACCUGAUGCCGCGCGACGCGUUUUGCUCGGAAUACGGCGCGCCCGUGACAGGGUGGUCGACGUGCUAUUGCUCGUCUAUCUGUUCACCGAGGCGGAUCUAACCGCGGUGGUCAUGCCAGUGUUGGUCAUGAGUGCUGUUCUGUCGGAGUCGACAGACAUAGGCGCCUUCCUCAUCGGGCUUCUUUGGAUGUUCUGUCAUUUGGUGGGAUUUGAGAUAGGCAAUCAAAUUGUCGGGCAGGACGAAGACAAGCUUUCAAAACCUCGUCGGCCCAUCCCGUCAGGGCGUAUCACGACAGAGCGGGCCAAAACUCUGUACUAUGGCGUCCUCGCCCUCUCCUUGCUCUUCAGCUAUCGCGUGGGCCUCCUCCGACUUAGCCUUAUAUAUUUUACGGGCGUUGUUGCGUACAACGAAGGACGGUGCGCGCGCUGGUGGUGGUCAAAGUCGCUCAUGGGCGCCUGCGGCUACUUCAUCUACACCUGGGGACUCUUAACAUGCAUGGCGCACGGCAACCCCCCAUCGAAGUCAGCGACGCAGGCCCUGCUUACGACAGGGCUUAUCUUCGCGACGACGGGCCAGGCGCAGGACUUCCGCGACCGUGAGGGCGACGCAGCCAUCGGGCGCAAGACAUUGCCGAUCGUAUUGCCGCAGAAACUGGCGAGGUGGUCGCUGGUGGUGCUUCUUUUCUCCUGGACGGCCGGGCUCACGUACCUCUGGCACCCGCCGCUUCUCAUGAGCGUAUUGGUAUAUGCAUUGGCGGGUGCGGCAGCGGUGGGUUUUACCAGCGAUUAUUCGGAGAAGGCGGACCGUAGGUCGUAUUGGUGGUAUAAUAUGUGGUUGUGCGCAUGUCAUCUAUUACCUCUUUCGCAAAGAUUCAGCCAAGCGCGCUGACCAUGACGGUGUAGACCUGUAGAAUAUUUAUUGGGUCCCGCUAGUGACGCAUGCAGUAUGCAGCCCGCGCUCGUUCCAGUCGAUCACGAUAGCAUCAAGCG